AUGGUUAAGUUAAAAAUGUAUAGUUAUUUCCAUAAAUUUAUUAUUAAAUCUAACUCAAUUGUUAAGAGGCAAACUAGACAUACCCCUGAAUUUUAUGUUCCAACUUUAAAAAAUGAAGCGGCAAUAAGAAGAUCAGUCACAUCUGGUACAAAUUUGAGUUCUAAAAUUUCAUCAUAUUCAAGAGGCACUUUAAUAGAAAAAACAGAAAAGGCCCUCGUAAUUUGGAUUGAAGAUUUAACUCAAAAAAGAAUUUCGUUAAAUGGACAUUUAAUCAAGGUGAAACACCUUAAAUUUUACAAGAAGUUAAAAGAAUCAGAUGAUGAUUUUGGCGAGCAUGAUAUAGAAGACUUGCUUGUGGACAAAGCCCUAAAUGAUGAUGAUAUUUUGGAAAGUAUGGUAGAUACUACUAAAGAUUUCGAAACAAGAGAUAGCGAACCGGAAGAUGUUAUUCCACUGGACGAAAAAUUACUUCGAGAAGGCCUUCAACUUUUUUUUAUUCAAAAUGAUAAUAAUGUAGAACGCGCAUUAAAAUUCCAACGUGAUCUGAAAUUUUGUAUGUCUGGCUACAGAAAACUCUACAAAGAACUAGUCAAGCCAUCACAGCGUUUGAUUACUGAAUACCUUGUCAAAGAAAAAAAAUCACUGAAGUUCCUGAAGAAGCAUUACCAUGUAGAUUUGAUGACUUUAUUUUAUCUUCAAGUGAAGAAAGGCUCUUGCACCAAUCCACAAACGGGUUCGCACAUUAUCAAACCAGACAGCAAAUAA